GCCCGUCCUCUCUGGGUCCCCCACAGUUGGGAAGAGGGAGCCGUGCGCCCCGCCCCUGAGGCCCCGCCCCGGCGUCCCGCCCCAGCUUUACUGGCCGGAGGACCCGGGGCCCCGGAGGCGGCCCGCCGGUCUGGGCCCCCGCGAUGUCGCACGGAUCGGGGCUUAUCCGGACCACGUGCAGCAGCGGCGGCGCGCCGGGGACAGGCCAGCCCUCGGAGGGACUGCUGGACACGGUGUACCCGCGCACCCCGGGCGCCCUGCUCAAAGUGGCGCAGAUGGUCACCCUGCUGAUUGCCUUCAUCUGUGUGCGAAGCUCCCCUCGGGUGGACUAUGGCGCCUACACCUUCUUUGAAGUCGUCACCAUCUGCGACCUGAUAAUGAUUCUCAUCUUUUACCUGGUCCACCUCUUCCGCUUCUACCGAGUGCUCACCUGCAUCAGCUGGCCCCUGUCGGAACUUCUGCACUAUUUAAUCGGCACCGUGCUUCUGCUCAUCGCCUCCAUCGUGGCUGCCUCCAAGAGUUACCAGACUGGCCUGAUCUUUGGGUUCCUGGCCUGCUUCCUCUGCCUGGCAAGCUUGUGGCUGUCCUACAAGAUCACCUAUAUAACCCAGUCGGCAGAUGCAUCUGCCUGACAAGGCCAUCGCCCUCUGUCCCCUCAAAAGGACCUGCAAAAUGUAGGCUCACCCCAGGAGGACCCCAGGCGUGGCUAUGGACUUUUCCGGUGACAAGGCCUUCCCUGGCUUUGUCAGGACAUUGGGCUCCUGAGCAUCAAGCGGCUGCAGCCUCCUCCCAGCCUGCCACAGAAGACACCCCUCCACUCUGGGCUCUUAGCACUGCACUGAGUACAGUGGACAGACUUCUGGGCCCGCCUGCAUAGACAUAGAAACACUAUGUGGCCGCUCUGUUUCUCCGGUCCCUAUCUCUGCCUCCGUCGUGGUGUGUGUGAGUGGGAGGGUGUGGUUUUUAAUAAAACAUUAGUCAACUGCA